AUGCUCGUCAUCUUCUACAUUGCAGUUGGGGUGCUCCUUCUUCCCUCUACUCUUCCUCAAGAUGUUGAAGAUUCUACGUCGAAAACGCUAUGUACAGGCGGCACAUAUAAUGAGGAAUACAUUCGUGACUACUUUGUCCAUACCAUCAACAAUCACCGCUAUGCACUGUUAAGAGGAUCUGAACAGAAUGGGCCGUGGAAUGAAACAGCAAAUCGGAAGAAGUUCCCACUAGCAAAGACUAUGAAUAGAAUAGAGUACGACUGCAACCUUGAACAGAAGGCUUUUGCUCUGUUGGGUCAGUGCUGUUCAACGGACUUUCCUUCCGGUCCAGCUGGAACGGCAGCCAUAUACUACGAUACUGAUCUGGACGGCUCUGACGACGCUGACUUGUUCAAAGCUGUUUGGCAUUGGACUAAAGAGAUAAGUAAGUUCGCGGUCAGCGAUGAUGCUUUUACCGCCAAACAAGUUGUGUACAGGAACGACGAUUGGAGGUUGUAUGACUAUUUGAACCUAGUGAGAGCCGCCAGCUCUAAAAUUGGAUGCGCGGAUAUAACUUGCAGACGCAGGGAUAUGAGAAGAUAUAGGGCAGUCUGCCUGCUCAAUAGGAAUCCCCUCACGGAUCGUGAUAUCAUCUACAAGACAGGAUUAGGCGGAUGCAAUAAGGGAGAGACGUGUCAGAGUGGAGUCUGCGAUCAGUUUGGAUUUUGUGAUUUGAGCAAAACGGCUCCGUAG